GUCGCUGGCGCUGACAGACAGAGACGUGCCUUCCACACCUGCUCUUCGUCGUCGUCGUCGUCGAGCCACCACAGCACCUCGCACCCACCACCACCGCCACCCGACCUCGCCGCACGCACCGCUCGCCGGUCUGCCCAGCGCACCUCUGCCGCCCACCUCUCCGCGGCCGCGUGACGCGCCUGCGCCUCGCGCCGCCUCAGCCCUCCCUCCUCGCCCCUCGCGCCUGCUCCGCCGAGCAUGUCCGGCUUCGGCGCCAGCAACGGCGGCGGCAGCAGCAACGGCGGCAGCGGCGGCGGCGGCUUCGCCUCGCUGACGCCCACGCGCCGCGCACCGCCCGUGCCCGCGUCGCAGCACAGCGACCCCUUCCUGCCGCCGCUCGCGUCCAACUACGGCAGCAGCGCCUCGUCGACGUCGCCCGCGUCCGCCGGCGCAUCGGGCAUGCCCAUGGGCGCCGGCGGCGGCGCAGGCGGCGGCUCGUACACGGGCUCGCUGCGCCCUGCUGGGCCGCAGCAGUCCGGCGGCAGCUCCUUUGCGCAGGGCACCGGCUGGAGCGGCACGCCGCCCGCCGCGGCACCCGGCGGCGGCGGCGGCAUUGUGCGCAAGGGCUACGUCGGCGUCAAGGAGGACGGCAUCCGCAGCUGGAUCUGGAGCAAGCGCUGGCUGGCGCUGCGCGAGCAGACGCUCACCUUCCACAAGAACGAGACGACGUACCAGGCCGUGGCGCUCGUCUUCCUCAAGGAAAUCACAAACGUCACGCGCACCGACCUGAAGCCGUACUGCAUCGAGAUCGAGACGAAGGACAAGACGUACUACCUGCAGCUCAAGAGCGACGAGGAGCUCUACGGCUGGAUGGACGACGUGUACUCGCGCUCGCCGCUCAUGGGCGUGUCGUCGCCGACGAACUUUGUGCACCAGGUGCACGUCGGCUUCGACCCAGUGUCGGGCGCGUUCACGGGCCUGCCUGAGCAGUGGACGCGCCUGCUGACGACGAGCGCCAUCACCAAGGAGGACUACGCCAAGAACCCGCAGGCCGUGCUGGACGUGCUCGAGUUCUACACCGACAUUCAGAAGCGCGAGCGCGACGACUUUGGCCUUGCAUCGCCUGCCGCAGGGCUGCGGCCGAGCGGAGCGCCGGCGCGCGACUCGCCAGCGCAGGCCACGCCUGGUCGCUUCGCGGGCACAGGCUUCGCGGGCAGCCAGGCCGCGGCGUCGUCCGGCAGCGGCGGCGACGGGCGCAGCACGAGCAGCAAGCCGCCGCUCACGCAGCAGCACUCGGGCUUCAGCUCCUCGUCUGCGCACUCCAACGGCUCGUACCACGGCUCCACAGCACAGGCCUACCGGCCGUCGCACGAGGGCGCGAGCAGCGGCAGCAGCUCCGCGCGCCCGUCCGUCGAGCGCGACGAGCGCCUUGCUGCGCCGUCGGGCGGCGCGCGCGCACCCAGCCCGGGGCCGGGCGCACGGCCAACAAACGCACCGACACCCACGCCGCGCGAGCGAGGCCCGUCGCCCGCUCAGGCGCAGAGCGAUCUGGUGCCGAGCCGCAAGGCGCCCGCUGCGCCCGGCCCGCCGCGUCAGGCGCCGGCGCCGCCAAAGUCGGCUGCUGCCACUGCCAGCGCUGCGGCUGCCGCCCAGCAGCAGGCGCGCGAGCAGCAGGCGCAGCAGCAGCAGAGUGCCGCUGCGGCCGAGCGGGAGCGUGCGCGGGAGAGGGAGCGCGAGGAGCAGGCCCAGCGUGGCGUGGCGGCGCUCAACGUCAAGACAAAGGAGCUGAAGCUGGACCCGUCGGCGGCGAACAAGGCCAGCAGUCCGGCGUCUUCCUCGAGCAGCGCCAAGGGCCCGCCGCCGGCCGCGAGCAGCGGCACGGCGACGGGCGUCAAGCCGCUGCAGACGGCCAAGAAGCCCGACACGCCCGGCUCGGGCAAGAAGGAGAACGAGCGGCGCAUCUCGACGAUGAGCGAGGCACAGAUCAUGGAGAAGCUGCGGCAGGUGGUGAACCCGGACGAUCCGAAUGCGCUGUACUCGAAGAUCAAGAAGGUCGGCCAGGGCGCAUCGGGCUCCGUCUACGUCGCCAAGACGCUGGCGACGGGGCAGCGCGUCGCCAUCAAGACGAUGGAUCUGUCGCACCAGCCGCGCAAGGAGCUCAUCGUGAAUGAGAUCCUGGUGAUGAAGGAGUCGCAGCACCCCAACAUCGUCAACUUCCUCGAGAGCUAUCUCGUGCGCAACAACGAGCUCUGGGUCAUCAUGGAGUUCAUGGAGGGCGGCGCGCUGACCGACAUCAUCGACAACAACACGCUCGAGGAGGACCAGAUCGCGAGCAUCUGCUUCGAGACGUGCAAGGGUCUGGAGCACCUGCACGCGCAGAGCAUCAUCCAUCGCGACAUCAAGUCGGACAAUGUGCUCCUCAACUCGUCGGGCCAAGUCAAGAUCACCGACUUCGGCUUCUGCGCCAAGCUGACGGACCAGAAGUCGAAGCGCGCCACCAUGGUCGGCACGCCGUACUGGAUGGCGCCCGAAGUCGUCAAGCAGAAGGAGUAUGGCGCCAAGGUCGACAUCUGGUCGCUCGGCAUCAUGGCCAUCGAGAUGAUCGAAAACGAGCCGCCGUACCUCGACGAGGAGCCGCUCAAGGCCCUCUACCUCAUCGCGACGAACGGCACGCCGACGCUCAAGAAGCCCGAGAAGCUGAGCAAGGAGCUGAAGGGCUUCCUGGCCGUCUGCCUCUGCGCAGACGUGAAGAGCCGCGCAAGCGCAGACGAGCUGCUGCAGCACGAGUUCCUGCGCAAGUCCUGCCCGCUGUCGUCGCUCGCGCCGCUGCUGCGCUUCCGCAACCGCAGCGAGCGCUCGUGAAGGACCUGACCUCCUGCCUCCCUUCGUCGCCUCCCACUCCCUCUCCUACCGCCUGUACUUCUCUCCAGCACGAAGAUGAUGAAACGGCACGCUCCUUUUUCACGC